AAACGUGGAGGAUGAAGAGGAGACAUUAAGGAGGAAAAAAUAAACUUAAAAUCCGGAUAAAACUCUUCAAAUAUACCCACACAAAGAAGACACAAACUCAUCCACAAAGGCGUCGCUGCAGAGAAGAAAAGCGCACCGCAGCAUUUACGCGUUGUGAAGAGGUGAGAGAGGACUCUUACAUCAUUUUGGAAUUAAAGGAAAGAAUUCGUCCACAGAAGAGGUGUGUCUGAUGUGACGCCAGCGGGCUGGCUCAGGGAACACAACUUCAAUACAAUGUAGACACCAAAAACCAGACGGAAUAAGAGUCUGAAGACCGAGCCGACAGAAGGAGGGCGACUUCAAGGCGGAGGGAGAACAGCUGUGGUGGACCGACAACCGGCAGAAGAUCAAAAGUGAAAGCAGAACAGAGAGAGAGAGAGAGAAAGAAAAAGAAGGAAGCUUCAGACUGUGAAUCAUUGACGUGAACCUUUUGUGUUCAGCGGCGUCAUCUACUCCUUCCUGCAAAGUGCUCACUCGCUCUCCCGUCUCCGCCGGAGAAGCAUCAAGAUCUUCUGAGGGCCUCCUCUCUGCAGCGUCGACACCCAUCAGAGCGAGACUCCAGCCGCCGUCAGCAUGUGCCAUGUCAUUGUCACCUGCCGCUCCAUGCUGUGGACUCUGCUGAGCAUUGUGGUCGCGUUCGGAGAGCUCAUCGCCUUCAUGAGCGCCGACUGGCUGGUGGGAUUCCCCCGAACCCCGGACGCCGUCUUUAGCCCCCAUGGGGCCACCGCGGCCGGCGAGGCCUACAGGCCCACGUUGGGCAUCUACAGCCGCUGCAUUAAACUGCCCCACCUGAAGCGCGGGAUUCUGUGCGGGCCGUACGCGAUACACUUUGGGGAGAUUGCCAGCGGGUUCUGGCAGGCCACGUCCAUCUUCCUGGCGGCGGGGAUCCUGCUGCUGUGCGCCGUGGCGUUCAUCUCGGUCUUCACCAUGUGCUUCCAGAGCAUCAUGAAGAAGAGCAUCUUCAACGUGUGCGGGCUACUGCAAGGGAUCGCAGGUCUGUUUCUGAUCCUGGGUCUGAUGCUGUACCCCGCUGGCUGGGGUUCGGACAAGGUCCAGCUGUACUGCGGUGUGGACGCGGCUCCGUACCGGGCCGGUCUUUGCUCCAUGGGCUGGGCCUUCUACACCGCCAUGGGAGGCACCUUGCUCACCUUCGUCUGCGCCGUCUUCUCCGCUCAGGCCGAGAUCGCCACCUCCAGCGACAAGGUCCAGGAGGAGAUCGAGGAGGGGAAGAGCCUCAUCUGCCUCCUCUGAGGCCCAGAUACUCUAGUCCUGUCGGGGAAAAAGAGAAGAAGAAGAAGAAGAAGAAGAAGAGACGGCUCCCCUUCUGUCUUUGAUGAGGCUGGCCUGUGAAAUGGAGGCCCCGGCGUUGUUUACCACUAAAAACCGACUCUUUGUUUGUCUCCGUUUUGUGUUUAUGUGGGAGAAAUCUACAAGUGCCAAGUUUUUUUUUCUCAGCGUUCAGUCUUUUGUCUUCGUGUUGGUGUUUAGCCGUGUGGAGAGGCUCCGUCUGUCUCCACGUGUUCUGUAAAUAAGUGUGAUUAUAUAUAUAUUUUGUACAUAGCGAUGAUUGCAAAAUGAUUGGUUGGGCUGAUGAUGUCACUCUUGCCUUUUGCCACCAGACCACGGGCAGCAAAACCUGUUAAGUGUCUGCCACGUGUGAGCGUUAACUCAACAAGGGAACCACUAGUCAGUCCGAAUAAACUACUCGCAGAAGGAACUGAAUUAUUUUGUUUGCAGACCUUUGAAAUGUAUCGACGGAAAAAAUGAUUAUUGCACGAGGACGAUGAAGCUCUGUGGUGCAUUCUGUUUGUCCUCUAAUCUGCAAAAGAAUCCUGAAAUGAAGUACUCUGUGUCUGGUCCUCCUGCAGCAGACGUCCUGUAAUCUGUGCACAGAGACGUGGGCGUGCACGAUGAGGACAUGAAGUAUUACUGUUGGUAGUGACGUCUGGUUUUCAGGGAGUCUGUGGAGUCAUAGAUGGUGUCCUUCUGCCAAACGAAUAAAGAGAACG